AUGGAAUAUCGCGCUGAGCUCGAGAGGGUAGCCGCCCACUUUCAGUCGGUUCCGGGUCGACUCAACAAGGCUAACCUGAAGCAUCUUGUUACGCAGAAUCACUUUGAAACGUUUGAGGACACGCUGCCCGAUGGAGGCGUGCGUUUGAGUCUUUCUGGUUCUAUUGUGGUGAUCGAUGUAGAUUUUGUCAACGGCCAGGUUACGACUGUUUCUAUAUCCCUGGCUUCAAUGCCUGCAGAACAGUCCAAGUUCUCGUUCAUGGCCAACGAAAACCACCCAGAAGUGGUCAUUCUUGGGUCGUUACGGCGUCCUCGGUUGGGCCAGUUCGCGCAGAUCCUCGAGUUUCUCAGCCGCUGCGAUCGCUUUUCCACUAAAGACGUGGACUGCUUCAGAGCCCUAGAUGAAGUGGGGAACGCCGUAUGUACAUAUGUGUCAAACAGCAUGGAUCCUGAGGUGAAAAAGUCGUUUGGGGUCCCGGAAAUCAACCCCGGUCGACUUGGUGUUGGACUGUGGUACUUUGGAAAUGAAAAAAACAAGCAUCACGCAUUUAUCGAUACCUGUGCUGGUUCUCGCAGGGAAUUUGCUUUAUAUGUUAAUACACAAUGGCUUCAAGAAGAUGGAGAGUGGGCAGACGUCGACAAGGAAGCCCUAACACCAAGAGAUGUGCGAGCAGAACUCGCUCUAGCUCUCAGUCCACCAGUUGUCGUUCGCAAAUCAGUUGCCCAACAGCUCAAGGCGGAGACGUCCAGCGCAGAAGAGUCACUGAAUGAAAGACGGUACAUGUCAACAUUCACCAUGAAAAGGCACCCAGCGUUUGCUCAAAGUCAAAAAUCCGAUGAUCUGGACGUCACUAUUGCCAAUCUGUUACCUUGCGACUGGGUUCAAAUCUCCUCAAUACCUAUUUCAGACCCCAAGAAUAUCCCUGACAUCCUGGCCGUCCUCCGGCAGGAUUGCAUGCUGCUGCAGUUGGUGAAAAGCGUGCUGAAGGGACCAGCCAUUGUUGAUAAUUCAGAGGCGGAUAUCUCUAUAGCGGAUGCUCUGGAUUUCAAAGACAAGCCGGCGAAUUUCAGCUCUUUUGAAAUCAAUCUUUCGAUACAAGAGAGCCAGGACGCAUUAGUUCUAGCAGGACGCGUCUCACAAGGAUUGCUCAGUUUCGAAUUGACUAUCCAGCAACAAAUCGAGCUCUCGUUGAAGGGAUCAACCGAUCUCGAUCGCAUUAAUAAAGGCGACCUCUUGAAAAUCUUGGAAACAGGCCAGCUAGACUAUGCAAUUUCUUUUGUCAUAGGCAGCCUGAAUUUAACCCAAAGAAGGUCUAGCUUGUCUCGCUAA